AUGGCCACCUCAGACUCGCUUCCCCCCAAAUCGCAGCAGCUGCUAUGUCUCACCAUUACGGGCUUUCGCAAACAAGGACUUAGCGAAGCUGCCUAUAGGGAGUAUAUGACUAAGAUCCAUGCCCCCUUGGUGAGCGGCCUCAUGGAGGAAUAUGGGAUCGUUCGAUACAAUAUGACCCACAACGACAGUACAACUCGACCGUUGCUCUUCCAGCUCUAUGACCCUGAGUUCUCGAAACUGUCUGAUUACGAUUGCGUUGUGCAAUUUGUAUUUCGACGUAUGGAGGAUUUCCUGCGGAUGAAAGCUGAUCCCCGCUUCUUGGAGAGAGUCGCUCCCGAUCACAAAAAUUUUGCCGACACUUCAAGGUCUACGAUGACCAUUGGAUACUUUGAAGAGUUUUUGAACGAUGGACAGGUUCUAGCUAAAUAA